AUUGUUAGUUUAGUUGAAUUUAAAGCAUUGUAGUGCAUAGAUAUGCAUAUUUGUGAAAUAAUUUUGAAAAUGUUUGCACUGAAACCCAUAGUGGUUGCUUUGUGGAUGUUAGCGUGUGCCACAAAUUAUGUGGAAUCCGCAAAAAUACUCGCUGUAUUUCCUUUCUCGGGUCCCUCCCAAUAUAUAUGUGUGCAAUCGUAUUUGCAGACACUGGCGGUGCGUGGACAUGAAAUCACUUCGGUUUCGGCGUUUCCGCAAAAAACACUUUUAAAAAACUUUCGUGAUAUAACAAUACAUAUAGAGCAAUCUCACCAUGAUGAGGCAGUAAUCAGCGCGAUAGAGGAAAUGUCUGGUGGCAAAUUGGACCUGCUGCAAUCUGUUAGGGACUAUACAACAAUGACUUCCUUGUUGGUAUGGGAAACUGAGGAGUUCCAACAAUUAUUGCGCUCUGACGAACAAUUCGAUCUCAUCAUUAUCGAAGUGUUCUAUCAGGAGGCACUUUACGCCUUAGGUCAACACUUCAAAGCGCCUAUGAUUGGUGUCUCCACAUUUGGCGCAGAUAUUAUUAUCGACCAGUUGGUGGACAAUGUUUCGCCGGUAGCAUAUGUACCAACGCCUACCGGCAUAAACUUGGAUCGUAUGAAUUUCUGGGAACGCUUAGAUAAUUUAUAUUCCAACACUAUGGAGCUUCUCUAUACUCAUUUAGUUUUAAUACCGGAACAACAGCGGUACUAUGAAAAGUAUUUUCCUAAUGCGACAUUGCGCUUAACAGACGUGCGUAGAGACUUUUCACUUUUGCUGCUCAAUCAACAUUACUCAUUCAGUUGGCCGCGUCCAUUGGUGCCGAAUGCAAUCGAAGUAGCUGGUAUGCAUAUUGAUCACAAACCGAAGAAAAUACCAACGGAUAUGGAAGAUUUUAUCAAUGCUUCGUCUAGAGGGGCUAUUUACUUCUCAUUAGGGUCGAACGUAAAAAGCGCAUUUUUGCCGAAACAUAAAUUGCAAGAGCUAAUGAACGCAUUUGCCUCCUUACCAGUGAACGUGUUGUGGAAAUUUGAGAAGACGGAUCUAGCUGGUAAACCAAAGAAUGUCUUCAUCAAUAAAUGGUUUCCACAAUCGGACAUACUUGCUCAUCCUAAAGUGAAACUGUUCGUUACACAUGGCGGUAUGCACAGUCUGAUAGAAGCGGUUCAUCAUGCUAAACCGGUUGUGGGUACGCCAGUCUUUUACGAUCAACA